AUGGCUAACGGAAAUAACUUCACCCCUGAAGAGAAUGUUGUGAUAUCUGUCAGUAAGGCCAGUAAAGACAUAACUGCAGGAACAGAUAUUCAGCUUUCGGAUCUAACAGUAACCGUAGGUUUAACAGACUUCAUCUGCCCUGCCACCGUUCAGUUAUGUGUUGUCCUGGAGAAAAAUGAUUCCGCCAAUCCAGAUUUCACAUUUGUCCCAAAUACUGGUGUCUUCCCAUCCUGUGUAGAUAUUGACUGUGAAGGUGUUGUUAUCACCAGUUCUUCAUUGACGGAAUCCAGCGGUAUAACCUUCAAAGAAGGUGCAAACAAUCAGGUUGUAGAUCUUGACUUGCGCUUCAUGGUGGCAGAGGAUUCAGGAGGAAUUGAUGGGAGUGAUCAGUGGGCCAUUGAAGUAUUUGUAAAUAGUGAGUAUGAUGGCACUGACGUUAUGUAUUCAAAAGUGUAUGGUGUAUUUCCACAGAAUGUUGCCAAUAUACCUGCCAUUCCUGGUGAGAAUUUUAACUUCAGCUCAGUCUCAGCAACCUUGGAUUUCUCCAGCCCAAUAUACCUGCCAUGUGGUGACAUCUUUUAUCUCUGCGCAUCCCUUAAGAAGGCCGAUACCGCUUCCAAGAACUUUACCGUCUCUGGUCGUCCAACCGAUGCAUUAUUGACUGCUUGUGAACGCAAGGCAUGUGAAGGUGUCAUUGUAGAAAACACAGAGUUAACAUUUAUCACAGAUACACCAUUCGUCAAGGAGGGCAGUACAGAGACUCUGGCACCUGCUAGUGAUUCUUCAACUUUAACCACUGCGGUGUCAUUGUGGUCUGUAAAAGCAUUUGGCAGCUCUAGGAGUGAUGGCUCUGGCGACCGUUCUGCUGUAGUUGCAGUAGACACUAUAGGGGUUGGAGCAGUAGGAGUUACUCCAGGUCAGUAA